AGUGUGAGUGAUCCACAACAAAUUCAAAGAGAACGCGAGACGCUGCUAUGUGGUUCAAUUGCUGGCCAUCAAAUAAAACAGGGAAUUCUUUCUCAAAGUGGGCUUUGGGAAUAGAUCUGCAGGUUUACUCUUGGUUAGAAGAUACCGAUUGUGCAAAUUUCAGUUAGGCCUUUUGUUAUCUUAGAAUAAUCUUUUGGAAGGCUCCUAAACAAGACAACCAAAAUGACCAAAACAGAAGAACUGCCAGAUAGCCAUACUUCUGAAGAAUUUUAUGAAAAAUAUGAACCUAAGGAAAUUUUGGGAAGAGGAGUAAGCAGUGUUGUCCGUCGAUGCAUUCAUAAAGUCACUCGACAAGAGUACGCUGUUAAAAUUAUAGACAUCACAGGUGGAAACCUCUCCCCACAAGAAGUUCAGGAGCUGAGAGAAUCCACUCUGAAAGAAAUCAACAUCCUCCAGAAAGUGUGUGGACAUCCUAACAUUAUCCAGCUGAAGGACAGCUUUGAAUCUCACACCUUUUUCUUCCUGGUGUUUGAUCUAAUGAAGAAAGGGGAGCUGUUUGAUUACCUUACAGAGAAGGUGACCUUAAGUGAGAAGGAAACUAGGAAAAUCAUGCGUGCUCUUUUUGAAGUAAUUCAGUUCCUCCAUGGCUUGAACAUUGUCCACAGAGAUCUCAAGCCAGAGAACAUCCUGCUAGAUGACGACAUGAACAUCAGACUCACUGACUUUGGCUUCUCAUGUCAGCUGCAGGAAAAUGAAAAACUCAAAGAGAUCUGUGGCACUCCUGGCUACUUGGCUCCAGAAAUAUUAGAAUGUUCCAUGGAUUCAGAUCAUCCAGGUUAUGGGAAGGAAAUUGACAUGUGGAGUGCAGGAGUCAUCAUGUACACCUUGCUGGCCGGAUCUCCUCCUUUCUGGCAUCGGAAGCAGAUGCUGAUGUUAAGAAUGAUCAUGAAUGGAGAUUACAAAUUUGGGUCUCCUGAGUGGGACGAUCAAUCAGAUACAGUCAAAGAUUUGAUUGCCCACUGUUUAGUGGUGAAGCCGCAGAAUCGUUACACUGUGCAGGAUGCCCUCACCCACCCCUUCUUCCAGCAGUACAUGGUGGAGGAAGUCCGGCACUUCAGCCCCUUCCGGAAAUUCCGGGUCAUCUGCCUGACUGUCCUGGCCUCAGUUCGGAUCUACCUCACCUACCGCAACAUCAAGCCGAUCACCCAGGAUGUGCUGCAGCGUGACCCUUAUGGGCUGAAGCCAGUCCGCAAAAUGAUCGAUGCGUGCGCCUUCCGGAUCUAUGGCCAUUGGGUGAAGAAAGGAGAAGCUCAAAACAGAGCUGCCCUCUUUGAAAACACUCCCAAAGCCAUCCUGUUCAGCUUGGCUGCCGAAGAGGAACUUCUCUGAUUUCCAAGAUCUCCAGGAAGAAAGCCCUUCAGUCUUUGGCAAAUCUUCCUAAUUGAGAUGAGCAUGAUCCCAACACAUGUGCAGAGUUCAACUCCCACAAUUCCCCAGCCAGCAAAGAUGGAAAUGAAAUAGCAAAGGGUAAAACUGAAUACAGGCCAGAAUGCCUUUUUAUUAAGUGCCUUAUUAUUAUUGGUUGCACAGUCAGGCAGAUGUUUAGACUGGAUCUGGUAUUUUUGUUUACCAGUUACAGGUAGCCUUUGACUUACAACCGUUCAUUUAGCAACUGUUUGAAGUUAUAACAGAACUGAAAAAAGUGACUUGCAACUGGUCCUGGCACUUAAGCCAUCACAGAAUUCCUACUGUCAUGUGACCAAAAUUCCAGCGCUUGGCAUGUUUAGUCACCCAGUUUGGAUAGUGAGAUGGGCGGCAUCUAAAUUUAAUAAAUAAAUAAGAUUUAAUAAAUAAUGAUGAUUGCAGCAGAGCCAGGUAAUAUGAUAACCAAUUCCAGUCAGUUUUCAAAAAGCAAACUCAAUGGAAGAAGCCCAAUUCGUUUAACAACGGUAGUGAUUUGCUUAACUACCAUAGCAAAAAGUAAAAUUGGGCAUGAGUUGCUUAACAACCGCUUUGCUUAGCAAUGGGAAUUUUGGUCUUAAUUGUGAUCUUAAGUUGAGGACUACUUGUAUUAUUUCUGAAACCUGUGAGAUCUAAGGAUAAUGAUCUAAGGAAUGUGAAGCUGCACUACCACAUCAUAGGGCUAAUUCCCACCCGUGACGGUUUCUCUACCCCUCCGAAGGGCUUUUAACAGUCAUAGGAUGAAAUAUCCAAUAGGGUCCUUUUUCCAAGAAGUCGUCUCUCGUCCCAAGACUCUGUGGUUGCUUUGAGGCUGAAAACUUAUCUUAAGAGACUCACAAGCUUUUGUACUUGUUUUUAGGCUGCCAAUCCCUUCCUUAACAUGGUGUUAAAAAACGAUGGACAAAUUUAUUAUAAGUACGUGGAUCCACCAUGUUCAGCACAGUUUGUCUUAUUUAUUUUUUUGAAAGGAAACAUUGGAGAAAGUGGGGAUAUCUGCUUGUGGGCUUUCCUGUUAGUGUUAGAUUCAGGAUGCUGGGUUAGCACGUUUUAGAACCCAAAUCUUCCAAAGUAUGAGGGAUGUCUUUGGCAUGAUGUCUGAAAUGGGACUUCCGUGUUUCAAGCCAGCCUAUUUCUGAAUGUCAGUUAUUGUGGAUUGCUGGGGUGGGUGGGUGGGAGAGUUGCUGUCGUUGCUUCACUGAUGUACUAUAUGCUAAGAUCCAGGUUGCCAUUACUGCAAUGAAACACGUCCCAAUCCAGCAGAAAUAGGCAAAGAAAACAUCUAAUAUAAGCAGUUCCAUAAUCUGUAACAAGGAAGAUGAUAGAUAAAUAUUAAUGUAUAGCUGAGUUAGGUUAAGGAUUCUCAGUCAUCCAGGUAGUUGUCCAUAGUAGUAGUCAACUACUACUGGACUUCUUGUUUUUGUUGGUUCAAAACAUUUUGUUGCUUAUUCAAGUAGCUUCUUCAGUCUGAGCAAGUUGAUUAGGGGGACCACAUAUAUGUCCUCCAACCCAUCCUGGAGGACAUAUAUGGAGUCCCCCCUAACCAACUUUAACUUUAACCUAGGACUAAGGAGAAAUUUCCUGAAAGUUAGAACAAUUAAUCAGUGGAACAACUUGCCUCCAGAUGUUGCUGGUG